AUGCCGUCGCUCUGUGGAUUGGGAGGAUCAAAGACAGUACAGCGUAAGCUGGUUCUUUUGGGAGACGGUGCUUGCGGAAAGACAUCUUUACUGAACGUCUUCACGCGAGGAUAUUUCCCGACAGUUUAUGAGCCUACGGUCUUCGAAAACUACGUUCACGAUAUUUUUGUGGAUAACGUGCACAUCGAAUUAUCAUUAUGGGAUACAGCCGGCCAAGAAGAAUUCGACCGAUUACGAAGUCUCUCUUACGACAACACAGACGUAGUUGUGCUCUGUUUCAGCGUCGAUAGUAAAGACUCGCUAGAAAACGUGGAGAGCAAAUGGGUUGGCGAGAUUCAGGAGAACUGUCCUGGUGUGAAGCUGGUCUUAGUGGCCCUCAAAUGCGAUCUGCGAGAGAACAACGAAGAAGAAGACGAUGCUGCUGCGAGCGGAACAGACGGUCCCCAAAGAGAAAAGAAGCCCAUGAUCGACUAUAACCAAGGCUUGGAUGUUGCGCGGCGCAUUAAGGCUAUGCGCUACCUCGAGUGCUCAGCCAUGAGGAAUCGAGGCGUCAACGAGGCAUUCACCGAGGCUGCUCGAGUGGCUUUGAGCGUCAAACCAAGCGGCGAGGGCGAUUCAAAAUGUGCUGUCAUGUAA